CUGGGUUGUUUAGCAAACGCUCAAUCCAAUUGUCUGAUAACAUUUCGGAAAUUUAGAAGCCAAAAUAUCGUGUUUCUCUCUUUUUAUGCUGUGUGCCAGUCGUAAGCAGUUCAUAACACCAUUCUGUGAUUAUCCGUUAAAUACAGUGGAUCAUGAAUCUUAAGUCAACAAUGGAUUGAGCGAGGAGCUUGUUUGGAAAGAAAUUGCGUCACAGAUUUCACUUGCAGACUUCACUUCACGUAAACAAACUGAGUCUUUAGCUAUCAACUUGUCCAGCAAUGGCCGAAAAUAAUACGUCCUGGAACCACACUAACAACACAAAUGGCAAUGGUCCUGCGCCACCAGGCCCUCCAAUGCAAGAGAUGACCGCAGAAGAUGUUGCCGCUAAUGUUUUCUUUUGUAUCUUGGCCGUCAUGAUAGUCUUUGGUAACGCUCUUGUGAUUGGUGCAUUCCGAGUGAAUAGGAGACUGCGCACAACCACUAAUCUGCUGUUGAUGUCGUUGGCAGUGGCGGACAUGCUUAUUGGAUCAAUUUCAGUGCCAUUGUGGGUGUACAUAUCGAUAACUUACAGUGUUAGAGGAAAUCUUUACAAGUUUUAUAUGAUCUUCGACGCUAUUUGUGGGGUGUCGUCGAUUCUGAAUCUCACAGCCAUAAGUUUGGAGAGAUCUUAUGCCUUGCUAAGUCCAAUAAGUCACCGGAACAUCAGCAAACGUUGGAUCUUGGCCAUCAUCUUUUUUGCCUGGGCUUUAGCGAUAUUUGCUGGUUUGAUGUCAGAAAUAAAGGCUUUAAAGAAAUUUUUAGGUAUCAUUGUAACAGCAGUAUUCUUUUUUGUACCCCUGGCUAUUAUUCUGGGAGCCUAUGGAACCAUCUUUCACAUAGCCAGAGCGCAUGCCCGUGGAGUUGGGAAAAGCUCUUUUAAAAAGGAUCUGCGUAUCGCUACAACUGUCGCUGUGGUCAUCGGCCUUUUUGUCAUUUGCUGGACGCCAUUUUUCGCGCUCAAUUUUGCGUAUUCAGUUUGUGGCAUCAUAAUGUUCAAAACAGCUGGAUGCAAAGGCCUCCUGGUACUACCACAAAUUAUUCUAAACAUCAAUAAAUGGUUACAAUAUGGAAAUUCCGUUUGUAACCCCAUAAUCUAUGGUCUACGCAAUAAAGACUUCCGACGAGCGUUCCGAAAAAUUUUACUGAGUCUUUGCUGCAAAAAGGUCCCGAUAUCAGACUACAGUAAGAGCGCGUAUGGACGCACUGUGCGAAGCACCUAUCUUCAGCGCGACUCAAGCAUUGAAAACUCACGAUCUGUCAUCGUACCACCGCACACAAACGGCUCGGGAAUGUUUGAUACAAGAGGAAGCUACCGUAGAGCGAUUCAGAGUGGUCGCACUAAACCUAUCAAGCUCAAAUUCACAAAGAAGACUCUAACAGAUGGUUUGUUGUCGUUAAACGUGGAUGCAUUCCACAGCCUUUCUUCUGGCGACUUAACUUUGUCUGGCACCCUUUUGAGCACUCCAUCAAGUUCCCCAGCUGAGCUUUGUAACCCCGCCUUCGAGGAAGAUCAGACGGAAAAUGGUAUCCUUCCGAUUGACCAAGCCAAGCCACAACGGGGCUUCGAUGAAAAGCUGUCAGGAUCGAAUCAUUCUUUAAAUAAAAGUGCUCCAAACGGUACCCUGAAGAAUAGAAAAACCCGUGUUCAUUUUACACCUUCGGACAGUGAUGAAAAGGACGAGGUUGAAAACCAAACCGUGUCUACCCUGGCACCUUUUGAAAGACAACGUUCUCUCUCAGAAAUAUUCGUUCGACCCAAUGGUGAAACAGACAGUCUUAAGCGAAAAUUACGGUCAUCGUUUUCUUAGUAAGGCUAUCAGUGUUGGCUUUAAGAAGCAUUUGUUUUAGCCGGCAAACCAGUUGGCCAUGAUUCAUGCUGGUGAUUGGCAACAAAUUUAGCGGCAAUUACUGUGACUGGCGGCUGGAAGUCUAGUUAACUAAGUCUCGGUUUUUGUUCCAGAAUACGUUUACAACUAUCAUGCGUAAUCAUGAAUUCCCAGAUGUAUAUCUAAAAAGGGCUAAGUCCAGGUUUAGCUGAGGACAGUUUUCUGUAUAUAAUCUUCGUGAAGAGCUCACUCCAUCUCACAGGAUGCAAAGCUGAGACUGGAUAAGAGAUUGAGCAACAAAAUUUGCAAUCCCUGAAGAUCACUUAGUCCCCGUUCAUUGAUGAAGUAAGAGAUUCUAUUAUCACGAACUAAACUUUCCAUAAAAAGAAUAAUUUUAAAGAAGCUGUAUAUAAGAACUGAAAGUUUUGCUUCAUGUAGGACUGGACCAUGCUCGCUAUUAUUUUUAGUAUUUUUGUUUAAACCCGCCCAGUUCAACCCUUUGUGACUUUGUCUUUCAUCAGAGACAUAAAGUAAAUACACAUGUGAAGAAUGAGAGCAACUUUCAAACGCUCUCAGCGGUUAGAUGUAAAUUUUAUGAUUCUCGACGCGUUUAAGUUUAAGGUGUUAUUUGGAUGAUUUUAUUUUGUAGCAAGAAGGCAAUAGAACGAAUGGAUCAGGUAAAUGUUGUUAUGUGAAUAUUGAUAAGAAAUUAACCCCUUAACUCCCAUGAGUGACCAAGACAGAAUUUCUCCUAACAAUGUCAGUACAGUAUCAAGCAGAAAAGUUAUGAGAAUAAAGAAAAUAUCAAUUAGGG